UGGCUUUGAGAUCCCCAUUUCGUUCAUCUUCAAUCUCUCGAAACCCAUCUCUGAAAGGUAAUAUUUCAUCUUUGUUAGCUCACUUACACAACCUCACAACUUCAAGCUCCAACAAUGAAGUUUUGUAUUCUUUCGAAAAAACCCUAGAAUGAUCCUCACUUGCUAAAUUCCUCAAAGAAAAUUGUCGAUCAGGUAACUUCACUCUGGAUGAAGCAUUAUACUUUUUUCAUUACAUGAUUAAUUCGCAAGCCAUCUAUCCAAUUUCAUCAUUCAAUACUUUGUUUAGUGCACUGUCAAAGAAGAAGCAUUAUUAUGAAGUGAUUUCUCUUUAUAAGUGGUUGAAUUCAACUGGGUUGUCUCCAAAUUUAUUGUCUUUGAACGUUUUGAUCGAUUGCUUGUGUAAAAUUGAAAGGGUUUGUGAUGGUUUUGCGGUUUUUGGGGAGAUAUUGAAGACGGGUUUCAGCCCAAAUGCUGCGAAUUUUAGUUGUUUGAUCAAAGGUCUGUGUGUAGAGAGAAAGAUUGUGGAGUCGAUGGAAUUGUUUAAGAAAAUGGUUGCUGUUGGUUGUAGGCCUGAUGUGAUCAGUUACAACACUUUGAUUGAUGGAUUGUGUAAAACGGGGAAGAUAAGUGUUGCCAUUAAGUUGCUUGAAGAGAUGGUUGAUGGGAAUAAAAAAUCUUGUGUUAUUUGUAGGCCAAAUGUUGUUACUUAUAAUACUAUAAUUGAUGGUCUUUGCAAGGCUGAAGUAAUUGAGAAGGCUAGAAAGUUGUUUUUGGAAAUGAUAGAUCAAGGUGUGCAGCCUUCUGUGGUGACGUUUAAUGUGCUCAUAGAUGAACGUUGCAAAAAAGGGAAAUUGCACGAAGCAAAUAGGUUGUUGGAGCUUAUGAUUCAGAGAGGUGCGGUUCCUGACAUUUAUACUUAUAACAUUUUAAUGAAUGGAUUGUGUAAAAAAGGGAAGAUAAGUCCCGCGAUUAAGUUGCUUGAAGAAUUGGCUAAGGGAAAUGAAAAAUCUGGUGUUAUUUGUCGGCCAAAUGUUGUUACUUAUAGUACUAUAAUUGAUGGUCUUUGGAAGGUUGGAUUAGUUAAGAACGCGAUAGACUUGUAUUUUGAAAUGAAGAGUUCGGGAACUACUCCAAACGUAGUCACUUAUAGCAUUUUGGUCAAUAUGCUUUGUAAAAAUGGACAACUAGAAAAGGCAAAUGAGUUGUUGUCACAUAUGGUGGAAAAAGGUUGUGCUCCAAAUGUAAUCACGUUUAAUACCCUAAUGUUCGGUUUCCUCAAGAAUAAUAAGAUACAAAAAGUUGUUGAACUCCUUCAUAAGAUGGCGGAGAGAAAUGUGAAGCCGACUGAAUGUACAAUGUCCUUAGUCAUGCAAUUACUAAUGAAGGCCAAAAAUUAUCGUGAAUGUUUGAACCAGCUUUCUCAAUUUCCGGUCCAAAAGCAAAAUUGAAGUUUUCAUGAUAAAAAUUUAUGGAGUGGUUCACUUUUUCAGAGCAGUAUCCUUGUCAGGAGAGCAUUAUUUGACAUCAUUGAAAUAUGAAACUGCAAAAGCCUCAGCCAGCUGCAGAAAGACUAUGAUUGUUACCGUACGAAGAAUGCAGUUGACAUGAGAACAUUGCUGUCAAGGGAAAUAUGUUUUGCCGUGAUACAUGCAGUUAUUGU